AUGGGGUCGACGCAAUUUGGCAAUUUCUUUAACUUUUGCCGAGACUCGACGCUACCGGUCUGCAAUGUGCUCUCCGACAGUCACAGUCAAUCAGGGCCAUGGGGAGGUUGUGAGUUGACGGGAAUUUCCCUUGGUGGAGGCCGUAAGCUGGGCAACCUUGGUUCCAUACUUAUUGCUGCCUUUGCUAUCAUCGCAUCCAUCUACCUAUUGCUGCGGUCAGAGCGCAAGAAGGCUGCGGUAGGUCGAAGAGAAAUGCAACUGUUCCUCGCUAGCUUCAUCAUUAUCGAAUUAUGCGAAAUUUUUACUGUCGGUGACUUCCCGCUGGCCGGAAACGUUCGCAUUGCCUUCACUGGAAUCCACAUUGGCAUGAUCGUUGCGUCAACAUGGAUACUGAUGCUCAACGCCGUCGUGGGGUACCAAAUCGUCGAUGACGGAACACCGUUGUCAAUGGGUUUAAUCAUGGCGUCUGCCGCUAUCCUACUCGGUGGUACGCUCUACAUUACCCUUGACACUGGUUUCCAAUGGACCGGCUAUUGGAGCUCAUCUUACCAACCGCCCAACCGUCACAUCGCACUUUACGUCUUGUAUCAGCUGGCGCCUCUCAUCUUCCUUGUCGCCUUCUUCGUCCUCGAGGCCAUUCUGGUUAUCCGUGUGUUGGGCGAAAUGCGCCCGAUGCUCUAUCUCACUGCCGCUCUACUCCUUUUCGCUAUCGGACAAAUCUUCAACUACGUUGUAAGCUCUCAAAUCUGCAAUGGAACCAACGGUGCAGUCGACGGCGCCCUCUUCGAGACCUUUUUCACUCUACUCGCUGUUGUCGCAGUAUGGGUAUUCUGGUCAAGUAUCACCGAGGAUGAUUGGCCCAUGCCUGUUGGAAACAACUUCCCCUAG